UGGAAGAAAGAGUCUAUAUAGAUAAUAGGUAUACCUAGAAAACCCUGUUCUUUGUCCUCCUGCCCAAUGUUUUCUUCUCCAUAAUAGUAAUUGUUUACGUUUUUAAAUUGCAGGCUUACAUGAUGUCGAAUGAUCUAUGUGAAGAACUGAUUGAUGACAUCUUUUCAAGAUUACCAACGAAAUCCCUUCUCCGUUUCAGAUCAGUUUCCAAAUCAUUAUAUGCUUGUAUUGGCAGCCCCGAGUUCAUUCGACUGCAUAUUCUCCGAUCUCCCACCGAAAAAAUCAUGCUCAUACAUGACAUCCGAGAAGGAGAAAAAGAUUGGCGUAACACCUAUACAUUACAUUUGGAAGAUCAGUUUCCGUAUAAUAUCAAUAUUGGCAUAACAACACCAGUGGUGUAUCAUUUCGGACAAUUCAAGAUCCUUGGAUCUUGUAAUGGAAUUGUAUGUCUUUAUGAAUUUGGAAAGAGUAUUAAUCUAUGGAACCCCUCAAUUAGGCGCAAGGUAAAUGUGCAUUAUCCUCCUUCUUGGGGUAAUAUGUGUUUUGUAUUUGAGUUUGGUUUCGGCUUCGACCCAGUCAUAGAUGAUUACAAGAUUUUGAGGAUAACCACACCAACUUCAUUUAUUUACACCGUGAAGACACACACUUGGCGUGAGAUUGCUCCCCCUACUACUUCGGCUUUUCAUACUGUUAAUUCAUUCCACUGUCUCUUCAAUGGGGCAUUGCAUUGUACUGUAAUAGGGAAUGUAUUGGAUUAUUAUUAUAAUUAUUAUUUAUUGAAAUUCGAUUUGAGCUCAGAGGUUUUUUCUAAGAUUGAAUUGCCAGAACCAAGUUGGGAAACAAGUGCAGUGACAGUUAUUAAAGGUUCUCUAGCUGUGUUUUCUUCCGAACCAGAUCAGGAAAAUAGUUUGAUUUGGGUGAUGAGAGAUUACAGUAACCCUGCUUCAUGGUCUGUUGCUUUUAAGUUAAAAACACAUCGAUUAGAUACUGCAUGGAGAGUUUUUCCACUUACUGCUAGUGAUGAGUUACUGUUGGACCUUUACUUGGACAAGAUCCAAGUUUAUAAUCCCGAGUCACACGAAAGAUCUAAAUUUAUGGGCUUGGGUGAUUCUUCUCAAGUAGUCGGCUUUAUUAAGUGCAUUGAAAGUCUUGGGUUGUUAGACAUUGGGAUUUUAUGUUAGAUAUUUAUAAUUUUGUUUGAAUCCUAGAGGGUUGUUGAGUGACUCAAGUAUUUGAUAUCUUUCUGUGGUGAGCGUUUCGGUUGGAGUUUAGACUCAA